GGCGAAAGGGAAUCUACUGAAUUCGGUAAUAUCAGUCCGAUAUCAUUACGUUAAGUAAAUUAGUGUAUCAUUAUGUGGCUGUUCCUCGUUCUCUUGGCGCCAGCCUUAGGCCUCCAUCUGAACAAGGAGCCUCCGCCGCCGACGCCCCUCCACCGGUCCAACGUCGAGACGCGCUGGCUGGAUGUCAGGGUCAACCACUUUGAUGCCACCAACACUGACACCUUCCCCAUGCGUUUCUUCUACAACAGCAGACAAACUUCUGAGCGCAACAUCGUAAUCUUCGUGGGAGGCGAGUGGGAGAUCACGGAGGGAUGGGUGACCGACGGCCUGGCGUACGACAUCGCAGGGUUCACUGGUGCAGGCCUGUUCUACACCGAGCACAGAUACUACGGCCUGACCAGACCUACCAAUGGUACUUCAGUUUCGGAGCUGCGGUUCCUGACGGUAGACCAGGCCCUGGCUGACCUGGCCCAGUUCAUCACCUACGUAAAGAGCAACGACUUCGAAGACGGCCGCUAUAGAAACGCCAAGGUCCUCCUGGUGGGCUGCUCGUACGCGGGCAGCAUGGCCACCUGGAUGAGGGUUCAGUAUCCACACCUGGUCGACGGCGCCUUCUCCGACAGCGGCCCGCUGCAUGCGCAGCACGACUUCCCUGAAUACCUGACGGUGGUGGGGCAAGCCAUCGCGUCGCAGGGCGGCAGCGCGUGCUAUAACAGCGUGGCGCAGGCUACCGCCGCCGUGGCGCAGCUCCUUACCUCCACGGCAGGCCGGGCUCAGGUCUCGCAGGCUUUCAACACCUGCACGCCGCUUACGGCGUCGGCGCUGGACCUGGCCACGUUCAGCUGGUCGGGGUUGACUUUGACUUUGGGGCUCGUGUACGCGUUCGCGGCGCUCGCGCAGUACGCCGCGCCCGGGGACAUACAGGAGGCGUGCACGCAGCUCACCAGCCCUGACAUCUCGGACCCCGUGGAGCGCCUAGCACAAUGGACUCUCCAGCAGUUCCCGGGCGAAUCCUGCAUCGAGACCAGAUUCUCCGAGCUCAUACAGAUCUACUCCAACACCAGUUUCGACUCACCGAUCGCUACUGGCCGGGCGUGGCUCUACCAGACCUGUGUGGAGUACGGCUGGUACCAGUCCACCGCCGGCGAGUCGCAGCCCUUCGGUUCUGGCGUGCCUGUAGAGUACUUCCAACAGAUGUGCACCGACUUCUUCUCCUCCUUCUUUGACGCCAACCGCACGCAGUACGGCAUCAGUCGUACCAACCUAUUCUUCGGGGGCCUGACGCAGCUGCCCGACCGCGUCAUCACUGUACAGGGGCAGUUCGACCCGUGGCAUCCCAUGGGCCCAGGAGCGGAGCACGCCCGUCCCACCGCCCCUGUACACUUUGUGCCGGAAAUAUCGCACUGUAGGAUUAUUUAUUCCCUAAACAACAGCGAGACGGAGUCAGUCCGCGAGGUGAAGCUGCACGUCAUCAACUUCAUGAACGAAAUCGUGCACGGCGUGAUGGACGCCGGCGCCGAGCGAGCCGCCCUGUCGCUGGUACUGUUGCUAGGAGUGGCUCUCAGCUUGCUGUAGAUAGUGUAUUAUAGGUAAAGCCCGGUCCGUGAGCACGUAGAAUUUUGUCCACUGACCCCUAGCUACCCAUCCUUAUCGCUCGCGCGUAAUUAUAUCGCU